AUGACUUCCGCAAGAUGCGUAAAUAUAGAUGAAACGCCUUAUUCAAGGAAAGCAAAUUUCUUGUUGGUGACCUUCCGAUUAGUAGUGAUGGCAUUUUGGUUCCUUUUAAUCGGCGGUGAUGAUAGUUGA